CUCUCUUUUUUUUUUAUGGGAGGCUGGAGGGGUUAGGAUUUUGAGAUGUGUUUUAUCAUUUGCCGUAUUUGUCCUGUCAAUCAAUCCGGUUUGAAGAAAAAGCGAAAGAUGAGAAGGGAUUUUACCUGAAGGUUCCAAGUGGAACGUCGUAAUGAUGUUCUCGAAUCCAACUGAGUCACUCUCGCCUUAAAGGAGCAGGAUGACAAAAUGGCCCAGCUGCUGGUACCGCCUGGUCCUGACAGCUUCCGCCCCUUUGUCCCGGAAUGUCUGGCCGCCAUUGAGAGGCGCAUCGCCGAAGAGGAGGCCCAGAGACCACGGGCCGAGCGGCGCAGCGACUGCGAUGAUGAAAAUGGGCCCAAACCCAAUAGUGAUUUGGAGGCAGGAAAAUCACUUCCCUUCAUCUAUGGUGACAUCCCUCCAGGUUUGGUGUCCACUCCUCUGGAGGAUUUGGACAGCUAUUACAGCAAUCAGAAGACAUUCAUAGUAUUGAAUCGUGGGAAGGCAAUCUUCCGUUUCAACGCCACUCCUGCCUUGUACAUCUUAAGCCCCUUCAACCCUCUGAGGAGGAUAGCUAUUAAGGUUUUGGUACACUCGAUGUUCAGCGUGUUGAUCAUGUUCACCAUCCUAACCAACUGUGCUUUUAUGACCCUAAGUAACCCUCCGGAAUGGGCCAAGAAUGUAGAAUACACAUUCACAGGAAUUUACACUUUUGAGUCCCUCAUAAAGAUCCUAGCCAGAGGCUUUUGCGUGGGGAAGUUCACCUUUCUACGUGACCCUUGGAACUGGCUGGACUUUAGUGUUAUCCUCAUGGCAUAUGUCACAGAGUUUGUGGACCUGGGCAAUGUAUCAGCACUGCGAACCUUCAGGGUUCUGCGGGCCCUGAAAACUAUAUCGGUCAUCCCAGGCUUGAAGACGAUAGUUGGUGCAUUGAUCCAGUCAGUUAAAAAGCUGUCAGAUGUGAUGAUCCUGACAGUGUUCUGCCUCAGCGUGUUUGCUCUCAUUGGCCUGCAGCUCUUCAUGGGCAAUCUGAGGCAGAAAUGUGUGCGCUUGCCAAUCCCUGGCAAUGACACCAACAGCAGCUAUACUGGUGGCGCUGACAACAGCAGCCAAGCAGAAGUCAAUGACACAUUCUUGAACAGCACGGAGAGUGGCUUCAACUGGAUAGAGCACAUCAGUAAUGACAAAAAUUACUAUUACCUCCCUGGUCGCAGGGACGCUCUCCUCUGCGGAAAUGGCAGCGGGGCUGGGCUUUGUCCAGAAGGCUUUAUUUGUGUCAAAGCGGGCCUUAAUCCAGACUAUGGAUACACAAGUUUUGACACUUUCAGUUGGGCUUUCCUGUCUCUGUUCAGACUCAUGACCCAGGACUACUGGGAAAACCUCUAUCAGCAGACUUUGCGAGCGGCAGGGAAGCCCUACAUGGUCUUCUUCGUUUUAGUGAUCUUCCUGGGUUCCUUCUACCUUGUCAAUCUGAUUUUGGCUGUUGUGGCCAUGGCUUAUGAUGAGCAGAACCAGGCCACCAUAGAGGAGGCUCAACAGAAAGAGGAGGAAUUCCAGGCCAUGCUGGAGCAACUGAAGAGGCAGCAGGAGGAAGCACAGGUUGCCGCGGCAGCAGCCACGGAUAGCGCCGAGUACAGCGAAAGGGGGGGGGCCACCUCUGGGUCCUCCUCAGUGGCAUCCAAGCUCAGCUCAAAAAGUGCAAAAGAGCGACGCAACAGGCGGAAGAAAAGGAAACAGAAAGAGGAAGAGGAGGAGGAUAGGGGACCAGGCAACAAGUUCCAUAAGUCUAUGACCGUGGAUAGUAUCAACAGAUCCUUCCACUUCUCCAUUGAUGCUAACCGACUUUCUUAUGAGAAGCGAUGCUCCUCACCCAAUCAGUCUCUGCUCAGUGUACGUGAGUCACUCUUCUCACCACGGAGAAACAGUCAAGUCAGUCUCUUCAGCUUCCGCGGACGAGUACGUGACAUGGGUUCAGAAAACGACUUUGCGGAUGACGAGCAUAGCACCUUCGAAGAAAGCGACAGCCGGCGUGGCUCCUUGUUCUUGCCACGUCGCCUCGAGCGUCGUUGCAGCACCGUUAGCCAGAUGAGUCUCAGGGUACCUCGUAUCACGCUACCUGCCAAUGGGAAGAUGCAUUGCACGGUGGACUGCAAUGGCGUUGUUUCGCUGGUUGGAGGAACAUCUGGAACUAACUCUCCUGUUGGUCUCCUGCUGCCUGAGGGUACCACGACAGACACCGAGGUGAGAAAACAACGCUCAGUUGACUAUUUAGGUGAACCAGGAAGCAGGCAAAGAGCCAUGAGUGUGGCCAGCAUCCUUACCAACACCAUGGAAGAGCUUGAAGAGUCGAGGCAGAAAUUCCCCCCUUGCUGGUAUCGAUUUGCCAACACUUGUUUGAUCUGGGACUGUUGCCCUACCUGGCUUAAAAUUAAGGAGUUUGUUAACAUGGUGGUCAUGGACCCAUUUGUGGAUCUAACGAUCACAAUUUGCAUUGUUCUCAACACCCUUUUUAUGGCCAUGGAGCAUUACCCAAUGACGAAAGAAUUCAACUAUGUCCUUUCUGUUGGAAACCAGGUAUUUACUGGUAUUUUCACAGCAGAGAUGUGCCUCAAGGUCAUCGCUCUGGACCCUUACUACUACUUCCAGGAGGGGUGGAACAUUUUUGACGGCAUAAUUGUUAGUCUGAGUCUAAUGGAGUUGGGAUUGUCCAAUGUUGAGGGCCUUUCUGUGCUCAGGUCCUUCCGACUGCUGAGGGUAUUCAAACUGGCUAAAUCCUGGCCAACUCUGAACAUGCUGAUCAAGAUUAUUGGUAACUCAGUGGGGGCUCUGGGUAACUUGACCCUGGUGCUCGCUAUCAUCGUCUUCAUCUUCGCCGUGGUGGGCAUGCAACUUUUCGGCAAGAACUACAAGGAGUUCGUCUGUAACAUAAACGAUGACUGUCAGCUACCACGCUGGCACAUGCAUGAUUUCUUCCACUCCUUCCUCAUCGUCUUCCGGGUGCUGUGUGGAGAGUGGAUAGAGACUAUGUGGGACUGUAUGGAGGUAUCGGGACCAACAAUGUGUCUGAUUGUCUUCAUGAUGGUUAUGGUCAUCGGAAACUUGGUGGUUCUGAACCUGUUCUUGGCUCUGCUUCUGAGCUCAUUCAGCGCUGACAAUUUGGCUGCAACUGAUGACGACAGCGAGAUGAAUAACUUGCAAAUUGCUGUGGGCCGGAUCCAGCGUGGAAUUGCUUUUUUAAAAUCUACAGUACGACAGUUCGUCCAGAGCCUGUUCAUUGAUCGCAGUGGGAAGGGCUCCAACCUACCUGAAGAGAGCAAACCCUUAGAAGAACUACAUAGCAAUGGCAAAGGCAACUGCAUCACCAAUCACACAACAGUAGAAAUGACUAAAGACCCUGGCGGUAUAUACAUGACAGCUGAGGGGAACGGCCGUCCUGGAGGAGGCCUUGUUGUAGGGGGCAUGAUUGAGGGGGACAGCACUGAAAAGUACCCCAUCGACGAAUGUCACUAUAUGUCCUUUAUUCACAAUCCCAGCCUGACAGUCACAGUGCCUAUUGCUGUGGGUGAGUCAGACUUUGAGAACCUGAAUACAGAGGACUUAAGCAGUGAUUCCUCCGAUGUGGAAGGCAGCAAAGAGAAGCUCGACACAGAGCCGAAACAUCUCAGCUCUUCAGAAGGGAGCACUGUUGAUAUACGCCCCCCAGGAGAUGGGGUUGAUUCAGUGGAACUGGAGCCUGAGGAGUCACUGGAGCCAGAGGCCUGCUUUACUGACGGAUGCAUAAGCAGAUUCCAGUGUUGCGAGGUCAAUGAGGAAGCACCCGGGUUUAAGAGCUGGUGGACACUCAGGAAAACGUGUUUUAUAAUCGUGGAGCACAACUGGUUUGAAUCCUUUAUUAUAUUUAUGAUCCUGCUCAGCAGUGGAGCACUGGCUUUUGAGGACAUAUAUAUUGAACAGAGGAGGACCAUCAAAACGAUGCUGGAGUAUGCAGACAAGGUCUUUACUUAUGUCUUCAUUCUGGAGAUGCUGUUGAAGUGGGUGGCCUAUGGAUUUGUCAAGUACUUCACCAACGCCUGGUGCUGGCUCGACUUCCUCAUUGUUGAUGUGUCCCUUGUCAGCCUUGUGGCCAAUGCGUUGGGCUAUUCCGAGCUCACCGCGAUCAAAUCCCUGAGGACACUGCGAGCCCUCCGGCCUCUGAGAGCCCUAUCUCGGUUCGAGGGCAUGAGGGUUGUGGUGAACGCACUACUGGGGGCCAUCCCCUCCAUCAUGAAUGUGCUGCUGGUCUGCCUCAUCUUUUGGCUCAUCUUCAGCAUCAUGGGCGUCAACCUAUUCGCAGGGAAGUAUUACUACUGCAUCAACACGACCACUGACGAGGUGUUCCCCAUCGAGGAAGUCAACAACAAGUCUGACUGCCUGAAUUUGGUCAACGACAGCGCCCGAUGGAAAAACGUCAAAAUCAAUUUUGACAAUGUUGGUGCUGGCUAUUUGGCGCUGUUGCAAGUGGCAACAUUUAAGGGCUGGAUGGACAUUAUGUAUGCAGCUGUGGAUUCUCGUGAUCUGGAGGAACAGCCCAAAUAUGAAGUGAACUUGUACAUGUAUCUGUACUUUGUCAUCUUCAUCAUCUUUGGUUCUUUCUUUACACUCAACCUGUUCAUUGGCGUUAUCAUUGACAAUUUCAACCAGCAGAAGAAAAAGUUUGGAGGGCAAGAUAUCUUCAUGACAGAGGAACAGAAGAAAUAUUACAAUGCUAUGAAGAAGUUAGGCUCCAAGAAACCACAAAAACCAAUUCCUCGACCAGCAAAUGAAUUUCAAGGCUGUGUGUUCGACUGCAUAACAAAGCAGGCUUUUGACAUUGUUAUCAUGAUCCUCAUCUGCCUGAACAUGGUGACCAUGAUGGUGGAGACUGAUGACCAAACUGAAGAGAUGGACACGAUCCUUUACUGGAUCAACAUGGUCUUCAUUGUGCUCUUCACAGGAGAGUGUGUAUUAAAGAUGAUCUCCUUGCGUCACUAUUACUUCACCAUAGGUUGGAAUAUAUUUGAUUUUGUGGUGGUGAUCCUGUCAAUCGUAGGUAUGUUUUUGUCAGAAAUGAUCGAGAAAUACUUUGUUUCCCCGACAUUAUUCCGAGUGAUCCGUCUGGCCAGGAUCGGCCGCAUUCUCCGCCUUAUUAAGGGUGCUAAAGGCAUUCGGACUCUCCUCUUCGCCCUGAUGAUGUCACUUCCUGCUCUAUUUAACAUUGGUCUUCUCCUCUUCUUGGUCAUGUUCAUUUACGCUAUUUUCGGCAUGUCCAAUUUUGCCUACGUCAAACAGGAGUCUGGAAUCGACGACAUGUUCAAUUUUGAGACCUUUGGGAACAGUAUGCUCUGUUUGUUCCAAAUCACUACCUCAGCUGGGUGGGAUGGUCUGUUGGCACCCAUCCUGAACAAGUGGGAACCUGACUGUGAUAGCCAGAUGGAACACCCAGGCAACAACUACAAAGGCAACUGUGGCAACCCAUCAGUGGGUAUUUUCUUUUUCGUCAGCUACAUCAUCAUUUGUUUCCUUAUUGUGGUCAACAUGUACAUCGCCGUAAUCCUGGAGAACUUCAGCGUGGCAACGGAAGAGAGUGCCGAGCCACUGAGCGAGGAUGACUUUGAGAUGUUCUACGAAGUGUGGGAGCGUUUUGACCCUGACGCCACACAGUUCAUGGAGUACAGCAAGCUCUCAGACUUUGCCGAUGCACUUGACCCGCCCUUGCGUAUGCCCAAGCCAAACAUGAUUCAGCUCAUCUCUAUGGACUUGCCGAUGGUCAGUGGCGAGCGGAUCCACUGCCUCGACAUCCUUUUUGCCUUCACCAAGCGAGUACUCGGGGAAGGCGGUGAGAUGGACGUGUUGCGUGGACAGAUGGAAGAACGUUUUAUGGCAUCGAACCCCUCAAAGGUCUCGUACGAGCCUAUCACCACUACUCUCCGCCGCAAACAGGAAGACAUGUCCUCCAUCAUCAUCCAGAGAGCCUUUCGCCGCUACAUGAUUUGCAUGGCCAUGAAAAAGGCUUCGGCCCUCUACAAAGAACAACUGAAAGAAGGAUUACGUGACCCUGACAAGGACGUGAUGGUCAUCAGCAAGUUCAAUGAGAACUCUAUCUCAGACAAAACAGACAUCACCCCUUCUACAGCUUCCCCACCCUCUUACAACAGCGUGACAAAAUCUGACAAAGACAAAUAUGAGAAAGAAAAUGGUGAGAAGAAAAAAGAUUUGAAAGAGCGAAAGAAAUAGACCCCCCACACACACACAUGCACACACUGUUGUGUGUUAAUUGCUUGGAGUUGAUGAAUGUCUCGAGUAGGGGAGGCCAAAUACGUUGUGUAUAAAGUGAAACCACAAGGACAUCUAAAGGGACCAAAUCAUCCAGAACACGUUACCACACUGAAAAGAUGUGCAGACAAUUGAUUUUCUGUUGGGUAGAUUUGUUAAUUGGCACAGUUUUGUGUACUAUUGAGUUGUCUGUAGUUAGUGUUGCUACUCCUAUAAAUACAGUGUCAUUCAUUUGAAAAUGGCUUUAUUUCUCAAAGUACUCUGCUUUAUUUGUUGUUAUUUUGUUUGGGUAUGGAAAAGGGUUUUUUUUCCGCCAGUAAACGACAAUGCCUGAAAUACUUCAACUCCACCAUUUAGGGAAGGAUCUCCACCCUAUACUGUGGAGCAAAGAGUGAGGAGAGAAAAUACUAAAGAAAUCUUUGAGCCAGAUGUUGGAUGGGUCAUAUGGGUCAUCUAUCAUGCUAAGCGCUAACAUUGCAAGUAGAAGAGGAUACUGCAGAACAAGAUUAGCAUCUGGGUUUCUUGAAGUACUAGCAUUAAGUGAAAGAGUACAAGCACCCCCCCCCCAAAAAAAAAAAGUUUUUCAAGCAUUGAUGUCAAUGAAGAUAUGAGUGCAACACAGUCACAUAAUCAGAAAACUGCUAUUUUUGCCAAGAAAGCAUUUGAAUUGCACUUAAUUCUAUACUAAUGCUACCAACCUUAGUUGAAGCCAUAUUUAUAUGUUAUGCAUAUUAUACUUGACAUGAGAAAAAAUGGUAGCACACUAUGUAAGUAGAUUAGUGCCACUAGGAUUUGAAUUUGAAAUAUAAAGUGAAAUAGGAUUUGAAUUUGAAAUGCCACAGAAAAUAGGAUUUGAAUUUGAAAUGUAAAGUGAUCACAAGAUGCGACGUAGGGCAAAGGUAGAGGUGGUGAAGGCUAAACAAGAGGCAUAUGACAUGUACACCAGGUUAGAUACGAAAGAUGGAGAAAAGGAUCUCACAGGUUGGCCAGACAGAGGGAUAGAGACGGGAAGUAAAGGUGAUUAAGGAUAGCAAUGGAAAUAUGUUGACUGGAGCCAGUAGUGUGCAAAGGAGAUGGAAAGAGUACUUUGAGAAGAUCAUGAAUGAAUAAAAGGCACUGAAAAGAAUGAAAAAUGGGAAGACAGUUGGUCCUGAUGACAAUCCAGUGGAGGUAUGGAAGCAAUUUGGAGAGGUGGCUGUGGAGGUUUUUGACCAACUUAUUCAAUAGAAUACUAGAGGGAGAGAAGUUGCCAGGAGAAUGGAGGAAAAGUGUGCUUGUCCCCAUUUUUAAGAACAAAGGCAAUGUUCAAAGCUGUGGAAACUAUAGAGGAAUACAGAUGAUGAGCCACACAAUGAAGUUAUGAGAAAGAGUAGUGGAGGCUAGACUCGGGUCAGAAUUAAGUAUAUGCUAGACACAGUAUGGUUUCAUGCCUAGAAAGAGUACCACAAGAAAGCCUAUGACAGAGUACCAAGAGAGGAACUGUGGUACUGCAUGCACAGGUCUGGUGUGGUGGAGAAAUGUUAGAAUAGUAGAGGACAUGUAUGAGGUCAGCAGAACAGCGGUGAGAUCUACCGUAGGUGUGUCAGAAGACUUUAAGGUGGAGGUGGGACUGCGCUAAGCCCCUUCCUGUUUGCAGUACUCAUGAAUAGGCUGACAGAUGAGGUUGGACUGGAAUCCCCUUGGACUAUGAUGUUCGCAGAUGAUAUUGUGAUCUGCAGUGAAAGCAGGGAGCAGGGGGAAGAAGAAUUUGAAAGAUGGAGGCACUCACUGGAAAGGAGAGGAAUGACGAUUAGCCGAAGUAAAACAGAAUGUAUGUGCAUGAAUGAGAGGGGCGGAGAAGAAGAGUGAAGUUCCAGGGAGAAGAGAUAGCAAGGGUGGACGACUUAAAUACUUGGGGUCAACAAUCCAGAGCAAUUGUGAGUGUGGUAAGGAAGUGAAGGAAUGGGUGCAAGAAGGGUGGAACAAGUGGCGGAAGGUGUCUGGUGUUCUAUGUGACAGAAGAGUCUCCGCUAGGAUGGAGGGCAAAGUUGAAAACAGUGGUGAGGCCGGUCAUGAUGUACCGAUUAGAGAUGGUGGCCCUGAAGAAACAACAGGAAGCAGAAUUUGAGGUAGCAAAAAUGAAAAUGUUGAGGGUCUUGCUUGAAGUGACCAGGUUGGAUAGGAUAAGAAAUGAGCUCAUUAAUGGGACAGCCAAAGUUGGAUGUUUUGGAGACAAGAUUCGAGAGAGCAGACUUCGAUGUUUUGGACAUGUCCAGAGGCGAGAGAGUGAGUAUGUUGGUAGAAGGAUGCUGAGGAUGGAGCUGCCAGGCAAAAGAGCGAGAGGAAGACCAAAGCAAAGGUUGAAGGAUGUUGUGAGGGAGGAUAUGAGGACAGUGGGUGUUAGAGAGAAAAAGACGCACGAGAUGGGCUUAGAUGGAAAAAGAUGACACACUGUGGCGACCUCUAACGGGAUAAGCUGAAAGGGGGAAAAAAAGAAGAAGAAAGUGAUCACAUUUUCAAUAGUUGUAUUUCAGUGUAACUUUUCAAUGUUAACAAUUCAACUGGCUACAAUUCGCUGUCUGAAAUUCACCCUCUGUGCCACCAGGCAGGGUUACCUCAGGUCGGAUCCGGACACCCGACCAAUCCAGUUUCACUUUCUUAGUAUGCGACGUCACGUGACUAACAAAGUGUAAAAACAAACUGCAAUUGGCUGAAUGUUCUGCCUGGUUGCACAGACAGCGAAGUGUAGCAACUAUUGAAAAUGUGAUCACAACAUUUCAAAUUCAAAUCCUAUUUUACUUUACAAUUCAAAUCCUGGUGGCACUAAUCUACUUCCAUAGCACACAAGCCAAAAAAGUGGUUACAUAAAUGAUGGAUGCAUGGAUGGAUGGAUGGAUGGAUGGAUGGAACUUCUGCCAUCUCGUAGAGGACCAAUUAUUUGUUCUAAAAUUCACUCUUUAUCACUGGGAUGGAUACAGUAUAUGAACAACAUUGCAUAAUUGAAAGUAAAUGAUUUUCAGACAAAUGAAGUACUGUAAAAUUGGAUCAUUUGCUGUGAAAGACUCACUGAUCAAUACCAGGCUUUCAAAUGGAAAUUGCUCUUUUCUUAACUAAAUAUACAUGAUAGGGCCACACCACCUUCCUUGCCAAGUGGUUUUAAUCACACAUUGACACAGAAAUUGAAUGGGCAUUUCACAGGUACCAUAAAAUUCCAACUGCAUUGUCUUUUCCGUUAUGAUAUUCCACACAGCAAAGCUGAAUGUAUGCAAGCAGAAGGAAUGACUUUAUUUUGCUCUUUUGACCUUGGUCUGGGAAAUUUCCCAACAAGGGGCACUUGCAAAACAUAUAUUGCCUCAUUUACUUUAAAUCAACACAUUUGUGCUGAAUUUCAAAUUUCCUCUAGCCUAUUACAAGUAUGCGUCCAUCCAUGUUCUACUGCUUAUGGUGUUCAGGGUAACAGGUGAGCUGUACCCUGUCCCAGAUGAUUGGGUGAGAGGUUAGGAGUAUUUUUAUACAAUUUAACUCUACAUUCUAAAAACAUGCAUGUGAGGUGGAUAACCUGAUGGAUAACUCACGUGCCCUGCCUCUCAACAAAGCCUAGCUCGAAUAGGCUCCAGCUCACUUUUAUCCCUGACGACUAUUAGCGAUAGGAACUGAAUGAAUGAGCAAAACGUCAAAUCUUUUCCAGGUACUGUAAUUACAUGCUAAACCUUUGCCGGUGGAUCCAUCGAGAAAACCAAUCAUACUUGAGUUGUGAUUUUUCUCCCGUACAUCUUUUUGCAACAAAACCAGUUAGUCUCACUAGAUUAGGGGUCACCACAACCCCACUCCAAAGACUACAUAAAAAAUAGCUCACCAAUGAUGGAACAUUGUGAUGUUCUAGGAAUGUUGUCAAAGUGAUCAGGGAUUUAUGGAAAUAAAGUGUUGCAUAUCUAUCAGUUUCCUAAUUAUUGUGAAUGAGUGUCUUCACAAAAAUGAUUAGCGAACGAGUGUCUUCACAAAAAUGAUUAGCAUUCGUUGUUAAUAUUAUGAAACAUUUAAGGUAAUUUGAGCUAAUUUAUUACAUAUCUAACUGUUAGGCCUAAGCAAAAAGCAGCUCUCAGUUUCAGAAGCCCUGGUGACCCCUGCCCUAGACACCAUCCAAUUCCUUUUUGUGUAUGUGAGUUUGGCAAUGCCCCACAGUAAUCAUAAAUAAAAAUGCAGUGGCACUUUGAGAUAUUACCUUAAUUUGUUCUAAGACCAUACUUGUAACUCAAAGUACCAUGAACAAACACACAUUAUAAUACCAUAGAUGC